GCGGAAGCCUGGGGAGCGCAUCCCAGGCGAGCGCGGGUCCCGGGUCUUCCCCUGCGGAGCCGGCUGUGAGCUGAGGGGUAGGAGGCGAGUUCGGGGAUCCCUGAUCCUCUGUAGGCUCCUAGCGGCGUCUAGCCUUGGAACAGCUGCAAAAGCGGCGGGGCCUGGUGUUCUUCCCUUUCUUCCUUGCCACUCUUGAGCUGGCCCCCAAGAUCCAGGGAUCGGCAGGAGAGACCUGAGCCUUGGCGCUAGGAUGGGAAACAGCGCCCUCCGCGCUCAUGUGGAAACCGCGCAGAAAACUGGUGUCUUUCAGCUUAAGGACCGUGGGCUGACCGAGUUCCCCUCAGAGUUGCAGAAGCUGACAAGCAAUCUCAGGACCAUCGACUUGUCCAACAACAAGAUCGAGAGUCUACCGCCUAUGAUUAUAGGGAAGUUCACUCUGCUGAAGAGCCUGUCCUUGAACAACAACAAACUGACUGUCCUUCCUGAUGAGUUAUGCAAUCUGAAGAAACUAGAGACACUAAGCCUAAACAACAAUCAGUUGAGAGAGCUGCCAUCUACUUUUGGGCAACUAUCUGCCCUUAAGACCCUGAGCCUCUCUGGGAACCAGCUGAGAGCACUACCACCCCAACUUUGUAACCUACGGCACCUGGAUGUAGUGGAUCUCUCCAAGAACCAAAUUCGGAGCAUACCUGACACAGUGCGGGAGCUGCAGGUCAUCGAACUCAACCUCAACCAGAACCAGAUAGCUCAGAUCUCAGUGAAGAUAUCUUGCUGUCCUCGCCUUAAAGUUCUUCGUUUGGAGGAGAAUUGUCUUGAGCUCAGUAUGCUUCCACAGAGCAUCCUCAGUGAUUCCCAGAUCUGUCUGCUUGCUGUAGAAGGCAACCUUUUUGAAAUAAAGAAACUUCGAGAACUGGAAGGCUACGAUAAGUACAUGGAGAGGUUCACAGCCACCAAGAAGAAGUUUGCAUGAUGUUCUCCAGGAGCAUGUGAACCAUACAGGACACUGACUUGGAACCUGUUGCAAUCCGGCUGAAUGAAAGGCUCCUGUUGUUGUCAAGGAUAUCUGCAGUGAGGAGGUGAUAUUCCAGGAGGUUAUAUUUCACUCAAUGAUCUUUUUCCUUUCCAGGGCUCAUCUCAAAUAAGCUAAAGGGAAUCAAACACAGGAAGAGUCCUCCAUUUUGUGUCAUGGAUAGGGCAAAGGACAAUGUUGAUCUUCAAAACCAUCAUUUGUUUGGCUUUGAGAAACCCAGUAGCUAGGUUUGCUAUGUAUACAGUGAGGGGAUGCUGCCUGGUACCAGAAUAGCUCCACACAACAGCUUGAAAUUUCAUGUGUCUCAAUGUGCGAGCUUUCAGAAAAUCAGUUGCCAUUCCACCCUGUGUUAACACUUCAUAUUUUUAUGAAAUUCAAAUAAUUCAUGAGAGCCUCAUGAGAGGCUGCUAUGGUUAAUCUAAGGAUUUAUGAUUUUACUCCAGUCCAUUAGUUCAAUUGCAAUGUUUAUACUUGGAAUUUAGGAUGUACAUAAAGGUAUGACUCUUGAUUAAAAGUGUACUUUGUGGGCUUCCCUGGUGGCGCAGUGGUUGAGAAUCUGCCUGCUAAUGCAGGGGACACGGGUUCGAGCCCUGGUCUGGGAAGAUCCCACAUGCCACGGAGCAGCUGGGCCCGUGAGCCACAACUACUGAGCCUGCGCGUCUGGAGCCUGUGCCCCGCAACGGGAGGGGCCGCGAUAGUGAAAGGCCCGCGCACCGCGAUGAAGAGCGGUCCCCGCACCGCGAUGAAGAGUGGCCCCCACUUGCCGUAACUAGAGAAAGCCCUCGCACGAACCGAAGACCCAACACAGCGAAAAAUAAAUAAAUAAAUAAAUAAAGUAGCUAUUAAAAAAAAAAAAAAAAAAAAAAAGAGUAAUAAAAAAAAAAAAAAAAAAGUGUACUUUGUGAGAGAAGCAACAACACAACACUGAGAGGUGUUCCCAAGGCUGCAGUAGCAAUUUUUUUUUUUACUAUUGCAGGUGCCUUAUUGAUAGAGGGCUCUGAAGAGCUAAAACUGUAUGCAAGACUUGUAAGAUACAAGGGUUUUAAUAAUCAAGAUUUUCCUGAAGCUUUGUUAGAAACAGUCUCUUAUUUCUGGUCAUCUUUUUGUAUUUACAACUCUAAUAAUCAAAUUACCUAUCAAAAAACUACUGUUAGGGUAUUUUACAACAACUUAUGUUUAUCAAAUUUAUUCUCUGAAUGAGAGAAUAUACUAAAUAAAGAUUUAAUGACUAUGGCUGGAAGAAAGGUUAAUCCUUUAAAGUAAGACAGGGGAACUUUAACCUGUAAAUGGCCCUUUGUUUGAAAGUAAACUGAUAAGGAAGAAAUGUUUUAUGUUCUUGUUCAGGUUGCAAGAGUACUGAAAUGCCUUCAUGUGACUGAUAAAUAUUUUUGUGGUACUGGAAACCAUGCUUAUUAAGACAAACUGAAGCUAUAAAAGUAGAUUAUUUCAGACUGUUACUGGCAUGAACAUUUAGAAAGCUACAACUCUGCGUUUUCUGAUGUUUUGUCUUAGCCAAGGGGCUGUUAUUUACCAUGUAUUGUUAGUUCUCAUUUUGCAAACCUAGUUUAACCAUUAAGUCAAGAGAUCACAAGAGCCUAGUGUUUAUAUGAGGAAAGUCUCUCUGACCUUAAAUCUGGUCUAGGGGUUCUCUUUUUCCUAUGUUAUUCUCUGUUUCUCAGCUGGGGAGGGAUGGGGGUGCCAGUUUACAUUACCAAUUGAGUUUUGUUUUUUAUAAACUUUAAUGCUUAAUCUUAUUGAUCUACUGAACAUUUCUCUAUUUUAUCAGUACUUAUCUAAUAAAUCAGAACUUAUAAAUUAAAUAACUUAAAUGUCCCAAGACAUUUAAUUAUUAAUGGGAGUUUUAAAAAUCCCUACCCUUAUGAGAAUCCCCUUAUGAUGGCUAACUUUCACAACUUGGACCCAGCCUUAUUUCCAGAUACCCUCUCUUCACUCUCAUUCACUUGCCCAGUCUUAGCAGGUUAUUCUGCUCCUUAAACCCACAGUGCAAUGUCUCUCUCCUUUAACUGCCUUUACAUUGUUUGCUUAGUCAGGAAUGCCCUCUUACCAACAUGCUCCUUUUCUAUGUCUAAGCCCCUUCCUGAGACGUCUAAGCCGAAUUAACUGCUCCAUCUGUUACGGCAGCAUUUCUCACAUUCUAUAUUCAUCUGCCUCUUGCUAGACUGAGCUACUUGAGGGCAGGGAUUAAGUAAAGUAAUAUGCCCAAAGAUAUAGUACACAAGUAUUUAGACUUAAAUAUGAGCUAAUAAAGUAGGUUGACUUGAGGUCUGGAGACUGAGAUUCUAGUGGCCACCAGCUGUAAAUCACCUACCUUCUUUUAGAGCUUGGUUAGAAGUCAGUGUAGUAUACUGAGUAAGAACAUAGGCCUUGGAG